AUGUCUCUCACCGAGGCGCAGCUCAAGGCGAAGUCCGAAGCCGAGAUCAAGCGCAACCCGCACCCGGACUUCAAGAAGGUCGAGGGCUCCCGGCCCGCGUUUGACGCCGCCAGCAACUUCCGCUACAGCAAGACGCCCGCGCCGCAGUGGCAGUUCGGCAGCGGCGCCAACUCGCUGCAGACGGCCGCGGACGCGGCCAAGGCGCACGUCGCCAUCGACCCCUACGAGGAGGGCCGGCCGGCCGCCUUCAACUACAAGCUGCUGAUCAGCGCGAUCGUGCCGCGGCCGAUCGCCUUCGUGUCGACGCGCUCCAAGGACGGCCGCGUCGAGAACCUCGCACCCUUCAGCUACUUCCAGAUGGUGGGCAGCGACCCGCCGCUGUUCGUCGUGGGCUUCGUGGGCGCGCUGGCGGCGGACAGCCGCGCGCGCGACUCGCUGCGCAACCUGGUCGACAGCGGCGAGUGCGUCAUCAACAUCAUCAGCGAGCACUAUGUCGAGGCGGCCAACUCGACGAGCAUCAACGCGCCCUACGGCACCAGCGAGUGGGCCGUCAGCGGGCUGACGCCGGCGUACGACUGCGUGGACGUCAAGUGCGCGCGCGUCAAGGAGGCCGUCUUCAGCGUCGAGGGCAAGCUGGAGAGCGCGCGCGAGUUCGAGAGCAGGCAGACGCCCGGGAAGAAGACGAGCGUGCUGGCUGUCAUUGAGGGGACGCGUUUCUGGGUGCGUGAGGAUGCGCUGAACAAGGACAAGAAUCUGAUUGAUCCGGCGGUUUUGAGGCCCAUGAGCAGAUUAGGAGGCGUCACAUAUGGUCGGGUAACGGAGGCUUUUGAGCUCCUUCGCCCAGACUGGGACAAGGACUUUGGUGGGCAAGAGGCAUAUGAGAAGCUAGAGAAGCAGCGCUUCGGCAUCAACGGAGAUGCUGCUAACGGGACAAAUGAAGGCAGUCAAGCGGCAUCGGGAGCUGGUUCAGCAUGA